AUGGCACCCUCAAAUGCUGCAUUACUCACUCGCCAAUCGGUGGCCUGGGCGCAUAAAAAGCGGGCCAGACAGGGUCAGGUGAAAGAGAUUGUAUUCGAUGAAGAGGCCCGGAGGUUAGCAACUUUCUUACUCUAUCAUUCCUCAUUAGCACUGUCACAUCUACCAUUGAUACACUCGUCUGGAUUGGUAUUAACUGGACAAAAUGGCAAAAUUAGGGAGUACCUAACAGGCUUUCGAAAGCGUAAUGCGGAACGGAAAAAAGCUGCCAAAGCUAAGGCUACAGAGAGGGAGAAGCAGGAGCAUUUGGAGGAGAGGCGACAAAUGCGAAAAGAGCUGAAAGAACGAGCCCAGACAAAUUUUGAAGCGGUGGAGAAAGCAUAUGGCGGUGCAGCGUUAGAAUUUGUUGGAAUAUCCUCUGUCCAGCCAGAAGAACACGAAGAAGAGUAUUCAGACGAGGAACAGUUGGCGACUGUUGCGGUAAUAGAAGAUUUCGACCCAACCACUGAUAUGCUUGGACCCCAGAAAACACGACCUGAAGCCGAGGACGGAGAACAGUUAGAAGGGCAACGUCAAACCAAAAGGCUCAAACCAACCGCUCAGAAACCCAAUUCAGAGAAGAAAUCAAAACCAAAGCCCAAACCUUCUAAAAUUCGCUACGAAACAAAGGCGGCGGCCCGGGCAGCGCACGUCAAAGCUCUUGCUCAACGGAGAAAGGCCAAGGAUAAACGAGUAACAGAGAGAAAGUCGAAAUCCAAGUCUCGACGCAAAUAA